UGUGGGGGAAGAUGCCCGCCCUGAGGGGACGGAGCCUCCGGGGUGCUCGGUGAGGGCGGGCUCGAGGGGGAUCCCUCCCUCCUGAGGGAUUAGCGCCGGCCCCAGCUGCCCCGUUGCUGACGGCGAUUUACCUGAGCGGCCGCCUCCCUUCCCUCCGUCUCUGCCGAAGCUACCGGCUCCGGGAGAGAGGGAGCGGAGCCCGCCUCGCCCCUCCCUGGGGAAACUUUCCGCCACAGCCCGCGCCAGGGCGACCUGGGCAGCGUUGGCCGCAAACGUCUGGGAGAGAACCUAGGCUUCACGCAGGGGAGCAGGCGAGUGCCAAGGCCCUGCAAUCAGAAGAGGAGCAGUUCAUCUGUGAUAGCUUUAUGAUAGAAAAUGUCAAAACUUCACUCUUGCUAAAGAAUGUCUGGAAGCAUUGACUGUGGGAAAAAAACCAACUUUGUAUUUUGAAUUAAGCCCUGAGAGGGGAAAUAAAUAUACUUCUAGAAUUUAUAUGGAUACCAAAGCUCAAAACAUGAUAUCAAUCUCAUCAUGAUGCUUGAACAUAUGUAGCUAACUACAGGAUUUUCAAAAGAAAUCCAGCAUGGCCUAGUUGACUUGACCUUUGGAAAAUUUAUAAUGUCCUCUGGAACCAGUAUCAGCAAAAAUUGGCAGGCUCCGAGCCUGCAGGGUGUUGACCCAGAAACAUGCAUGAUAGUGUUUAGAACACACUGGGCACAGGUUCUGAAGAUCUUAGAGAAGCAUGAUCCUUUGAAAAACACUCAGGCAAAGUAUGGGGCAAUUUCACCUGAUGAGGCCAGCACUGUUCAGAAUUAUGUAGAGCACAUGCUUUUCUUGUUAAUUGAAGAGCAAGCAAAGGAUGCUUCAAUGGGACCUAUUCUGGAGUUUGUGGUCUCAGAAAACAUCAUGGAGAAGCUUUUUCUUUGGAGCCUACGGCGAGAGUUCACCGAUGAGACAAAAAUCGAGCAACUAAAAAUGUAUGAAAUGCUAGUAACCCAGUCUCAUCAGCCUUUGCUACAUCACAAGCCCAUCUUGAAACCUUUGAUGAUGUUGCUGAGUUCCUGCUCAGGAACAUCCACUCCAACAGUGGAAACGGAGUUAGUCGUCCUCUUGAACCAGCUCUGCUCUAUAAUAGCCAAAGAUCCCUCCAUUUUAGAACUGUUUUUCCACACCAGCGAGGACCAAGGAGCUGCCAAUUUCCUCAUAUUUUCUCUGCUGAUUCCCUUCAUCCAUCGAGAAGGAACAGUAGGCCAACAGGCCCGUGAUGCACUGCUUUUCAUAAUGUCUCUGUCUGCAGAAAACAACGUUGUUGCAAACCACAUAGCAGAAAACACCUAUUUUUGCCCGGUGUUAGCAACAGGACUAAGUGGCCUCUAUUCAUCUUUGCCUACAAAGCUGGAAGAAAAAGGAGAAGAGUGGCACUGCCUGCUGAAAGAUGAGUGGCUGUUGUCACCAGCCCUUGUACAAUUCAUGAACUCCCUUGAAUUUUGCAAUGCUGUGAUACAGGUGGCACAUCCCUUGAUACGCAACCAGCUUGUGAAUUACAUUUACAAUGGAUUUUUGGUGCCAGUAAUGGCUCCUGCGCUCCAUAAGGUGACUGUGGAAGAAGUGAUGACUACUACUGCAUACCUGGAUCUCUUUUUGCGUAGUGUUUCGGAGCCAGCCCUCCUCAAGAUUUUCCUCCGUUUUAUUUUGCUGCACCGACAUGAGAAUGUGCAUAUCCUAGAUACACUUACUAGCCGAAUCAACACACCAUUCCGGCUCUGUGUGGUCUCCUUGGCAUUGUUCAGAACGCUCAUUGGCUUGCAUUGCGAAGAUGUGAUGUUACAGCUAGUUUUAAGGUAUCUGAUUCCAUGUAACCACAUGAUGUUGAGCCAGCGGUGGGCUGUGAAAGAGAGAGACUGUUAUUCUGUAUCUGCUGCAAAACUGCUUGCCCUGACACCAGUCUGCUGCUCCACUGGGAUCACCUUGACACUUGAAAGCCAAGGAAAAGAUUAUAUUCUAUGGACAAAAGCAGCACAAACUAAAGAUUCUGGUAGACACUCUUCUGAAUCUGCUUGCAUUGUGGAAUAUGGAAGAGCUGUGGACAUCAGCUACUUGCAGUACCUGGGGGAAGCUCAAGAAGCCAUCCUCCAGUGUCUGAAAGAUUGUAAGGUUUGGUCUGCCUUGUAUGAUGGAGUAAACCCUGAUCCAGACACCUUUAUCCAAACGCUUGCUGAGGAGAACAGUACAGAUGUGGAACACCCUAUGUUUCAGCUCCAGCAAAGGACACCUAGCAUGUGCAGCUCCACUCAAGUAACGCCAUUCGGUGAGAAGAUGCAGUUGGAGCUAGAAUGGGAUGAUAGCUAUGACACAGGGAUUUCUCCUGGUUCUGAUGUGAGUUCACCGCAACCGUAUGAUGAUAUGGGAAGCACAGAGAUGCAGCCACUCGCAGAGCCACCAAAACACAUUCAAGAAAUGAAAAAAAAUGCCAUCAUGCUUGUCAAAGGAUCUUACAUAGAGGAAUCAGACUUUCAGGAUGAUGUUAUGGUUUACAGGUUAUGUGCCCAGAAGGAUACUCAAGAUGAUAACUCCAAGGAGAAAAUUUUAAAUGUAGCCAGAGAACACAAGGUCCAAAGCCAGACUGUAGUCAAUGGGCAUCUUGCAAAGAACCAGCUGGAAAUGGACUUCGAUGAGCACAGUAAAAGAAACUCAAGCUUGACUCAAGGUGUAAUGAAAGAACAAACCAACCAGAAAAUGACUGAGAACGAUCCACAGCCAGAUUUUGAGUUGAAGCUUUCUCCUCAGGAGGCAGAUCAUAACUUAAGUGUAAGACUGCUGAGCACAGAUGGUGAGGAUUUCAUUGCACAGUAUGACAAAAUUAUUAAGGAACUGGAUCCAAACAGUGCAAGCUUGGAGGAGCAGAAGUUGGAUACUCCUGACCCUGUCUCUCCUGCAGAAGAGGAAGAGGACUUUGAGAAUUUCUCAGCAGACACCCCUUCUGCAGAGAGCAUGUCAUCGCCCUUUGGACCAAAGGAGGAUGCCUCUCCCAAGCAUGCUGCGAGGAGCCAGAGUGCUCCAUUUACAGGGCCAUUCAUCAGUGUAGUGUUGUCGAAGCUGGAGAACAUGCUGGAGAAUUCCUUGAAUGUAAAUUUGCUGCUUAUUGGGAUUAUUACUCAGCUGGCAAGUUAUCCACAGCCUCUUCUUCGCUCCUUUCUGCUCAAUACCAACAUGGUGUUUCAGCCUAGUGUGCGGUCACUUUAUCAGGUGCUGGCAUCUGUGAAAAAUAAAAUUGAACAUUUUGCUUCCAUUGAAAAAGACUUCCCAGGCCUUCUCCUGGAGGCCCAACAGUACUUGCUUUUUCGUGUGGACAUGUCUGGUGCUGCGGAAGAAUUGCUAACCAAAGGUAAUGUCCAGCACAGCAGCAACGCAGGGAAAGGAAGGAACCUCUCUGAAGCUUGCCCGGCUGUACUCCAGCCUUUCCUGGGACAUAAAGGAAAGAAGGGCCUGGCUCAUCCCGGCCUUCCCGUGCACGUGAGGAAUGCUGUACUCGCAGCUGCCCUUUUCCCGGAGUUCCUGAAGGAGCUGGCAGCUCUUGCCCAGGAACAUUCCAUUUUAUGUUACAAAGUACUGGGGGAUUUUGAGGAUUAUUACUAGUGGGUUUCUUAAACCUGUUUUAAAAAAGCUUUUGGAGGUUAAACAGAUUUUUAAUGCAAUGCUGCUUACAAAAGAAGGUUGUACUUCAAUAUUUCCUGAAAAUACUUGAUUUGGAGGGGGAAGAAGGAGGCAAAAUGUUAUUCCACAUUACCUUAUAUUAGGCCUUAUAAUUUCCCUCUGUGCUACAUAACUUACUUGAGAGAUUUCUGAUACUGCUCUUACUCCAGCUUCCUACUUCAUCUCCUCCUCUUUACACAGCCACCCUUCUUUAGUGUCACUGAUUCCUGUUGAAUUUCUGCAAUAGACACUUGUAGGUUGGCUGAGAGAGGCAAACGUCUUGGCUUUUUCUGUUACAGAAAUACUCUUCUGGAUAACUUGUUAGAAGACAGUUUGUUCAGAAAAACAUUGCCCCAUGGGGACAGUUCAGGGUAUGAAAAUACACGCAAAAUCUGCACAAAAACUCUUCACGUGAAGGAUUGUGCUUCUUCAUGUCUAUGUCCUCCUCGCCCCUUCCCUUCCUUUUCCCUGGAAUGGGGGUCUUACCAAUCCACAUCUGAAGCCCUCUUUUUAACUAGCAGCUCAGGUUUUUUGAAUUCAAGUGAUCUUAUGUGUAUUAAACCCAUGACUAGCCGAAAGCAGGUGCUGGACCCUACACAUACCAUAUUGCCUUAUGUUGCAGACAGAUCUGCAGCUAUCAGCUGUUGGUCUUUGAAGUCAAAUGAACUGUGUUAAGUGGAUGUGGAUUGCAGACUGCCUGGAAUUUUCCUUGCAGUUUCUCAGCAUUCUUUGAUAACUACUGCAUUGCUACCUAAACUCUCAAGCAUGCCUUAUUUAGUAAGAUUUGCACAAAGUACAAAAUGAAAUGUUUCUAUGCAAGCUGUAAUUAGUAUGUAGUUUGGUUUUAUGCUUAUUUUAAUAAGCUAAAGAAAGGUAUUCAAUAUCUUUCAGUAGUAUUAAAAGGACAGCAGGCUCGUUUUGUCUUUUUUUUUUUUUUUUUAAUGAAAAAGGUUGGCUUGCUCCUGAAAGCUGUUCUGUUUUAUUGUUAAUUUUUUUGGUUAAGGGAAAGUUAAAUAGUGUUUGUUUAUUUUUAAUUUAGGUGUUGACUUUUGCUAAUAUUGCACUUUUGGGAUGGCAAGGGGAGGACCAGACUAUUCACCAGCUGUAGAAAAGGAAGGAGUAACAGGGAAAGCUGUCUGCUGGUGACUAACUGCUUGAGAAAAUUCUCUUCUGUGAGUAAUGGGCUUCAUUAGAAAAACCCCAAAAUGAUGAAUUGGUGCAUCACCACUGCAUUUUGUCUUAUCUUAGUAGCAUAAUUGUGCUUCCAGUGUGCUGUAGUUGGCUACAUAAAGAGGGGCUUAGUUCAAGAAAGCCUUAAACCCCUCUGUACAGGAAAGAAACUAACAGUGACUCCAGGAAAUCUGAAGAAACAGAAAUCAGAAAUUACAUUGGCAUACAUUAGUUCUCCUGCUCAUUGUAAUUCCGUAAUGUGGGAUGCUCCAGUUAAUUGUAUUCUGAUUUUGAAACACAACUUUCUCUGAGAUUGCAAGGGAAAAGAACAGUUUAAAAACAGAAAACCAAAGACACUCCAGAAGAGUGUAAUUAAUCACAGGUCAAAUUCCUGUGGAAUUUGCAGUGCAAUUUAAGCUGCUAAAGCCUUUAGAUGCUUCUGAAAAAUUGUACCUUUACUCUACAAGCUGUGAGAAGCAUUCGUUGUGUCAGACUGCUGUAGGCUAUUCCAAGGAAAAAAAAUAAAUCCCAAAGCGUACCUCUUAACAAAAUCACCUCAAGAACUUCUCUGGGUCCGUCUUCACCUGCUUGCUGCACAAGUCUUUGCUUCCAUGGUGGCUGGGGGUCACGUUGCUUCCUAGCUGACUCUCUGGUUUGCUUUCACUUACAACUUGUUUAUUUUUUUAGGCGCCUUUGCAAUGCCAUCCUGUAAAUCACCUACUGACCUCCACAUGGCCCUGUUUCACCUCACAAGCUUCCUGGGAAGCCAAAGCUGAGGGUUUUUUCUUAAAUCUUGGUUAUCCAGGUUUAAGAGAGCUCUUUCUCUUUUUUUUUUCCCUGCAUUGGUGUUCCAAAUGGGUGAUGAGCAAAUUAAGAUUUUUAUUUUUAUUUUAAACUUGUCCUAGGACAUGGUGGGUUCUUUCCCCACUCCCCCAUUUGCGCUCCCACUAUUACCAGUAGUGCUGUCUUUCAUGCUGUACUCCUGCUAAAUUGCAGAAGCAAUCCAAUCCUUCUUCUGAAGGACCUUUUAAAAAGGAAUGAAAGAGAUUGUUGUUGUUGGCUGGUUUUGUUUUGUUUGUUUGUUUUUUAAACAAUUCUGCAGACCAGUGCUCAAGGCAGUAAGGUUACUAUGUGAACACUCCCUUCCCCUGUUUUUAUUCUAAAAUAAGAACCUUUUUUUUCUGGGUAGAAGGGAUUUCUUUUGAGAUGGUACAUUUGCUGAAAACACGAGUUAAAAUUAACAAAGUCAUGGCAGUUUCAUCUCAGCAGGUCUAUUAAGCUACAUGGGGAUUUUAAAAUGUGGGCUGCUCAAAAAAGCAUCUGUAAAUUUGAGGAAGGGGAGGAUUUACCUCCUAAGCUGUAGGAGAGCUUAUGCUGUACAUCCAGUAGGAUAAAUUCAGCCUUUGAAAUCUGGAGUCAUGUGGAAAACUUCUUGCUGAAAGGUCAGAACUGUGUUUGUACGCAGUGUCCCCUUGUAAACGGGAAAUCUGUCUGUCAGCUCCCCGAAAGGAAGAGGUGGACAAGCACAGUGCCCCUGGCUCGGGAUGGUAAAAAUGAUAAAAUGGCAAUCAUACGUGUAACUUUGAUCCCACUCAGGAACCAAGUAAUACAGACUUGCAGCUAUGGCUUGGUUGCGAUAGUAGCAUAAUGUCCAGCACUGGGCAAAAAAAAUAUUGGCAGGAAUUGCAUCUUCCCGUCUUCAAAGUGCAGAACCUGUGAUUUAGCUUGAAAAUGUUGAUCUUUUGAGAUUAAUUACCUCUGUGUGUGUAAGUUCUUCAGCCAAAUGCUUGUUUAAUAAGCUUCUUCCCUCCAGUCGGAUAAUGUAUUACCCCGUCUCUUGCCAAUGAUACAUUUUUUUCCAAAAAACCCCAUAUGCCUGUGGUCCAGCGGUAGGCCCCCAGAGGUCACAGUGUUAUGCUGCUCUUUCCAAGAGUAAAACAGUGCGCUAUGAUCUGGAUUUCCCCACCCUCACGUGUGUGUGCGGCUAGAGCAGUCCCUCUUCGGUGCAUUGUCUCAGCAUCAGUCGUGAAUGAAGUGUCUGGGGGUUGGCAGAUCUAUUCCAAAACCUGCAGGUGGUGGCUCAGUGAUACCAAAGUUAAUUUCCAGUCUCCUGCUAGAUGUUUCAAACUGUGAAUGCCACAUUUCCAAUGAUGUAGCCUUUGAGAGUGUUUUUAAGCUGUUCUGCUGUAGCAAGGAAUUUUUCCGGCAAUUUCAACCUGCUAAUUUUUUUUUUUUUUUGCAGCCUACCUAAAAAGUGAACACUUUGUCUUAAAACUGUUGUAGUCAUUCUCUUUUACCUUUGACCAUUUUUGGAUGCCCUAUGGGUUAGUCUCAGCAAACACACACGGUUUGUAUUAAUUGGGCUGAUGUGUUCAGGAACUUUCAUUCAAAACGGCAUCACCCCUUGCACGUGCUGAUCUUUGGAAUUGUACAGUCAGUUGCAAUUCAUGUGCUCUGUUGUUGGCCCUACUUACUGCCUUUUUAUUAUUGUAUUCUAGGCAUUCUUCUUAAAUUUGACCUUCUCCAUGUGUGGCCUAAAGAAAAACAUGGGAUUUCAAAUGAGAUCAAGUUUUUGGUGUUUCAUUUUCAGAUGUGAAAGAUGCACUGCCUUUUUUGUCCUGGUAACU